GGCGCCCGGCUGCUGGCCGUGCUGCUGGCCGGGCUGCUCGGCGGGGCGCGGGGCUUCGGCGACGAGGAGGAGCGGCGCUGCGACGCCAUCCGCAUCGCCAUGUGCCAGAACCUGGGCUACAACGUCACCAAGAUGCCCAACCUGGUGGGCCACGAGCUGCAGGCGGACGCCGAGCUGCAGCUCACCACCUUCACCCCCCUCAUCCAGUACGGCUGCUCCAGCCAGCUCCAGUUCUUCCUUUGUUCAGUCUAUGUUCCUAUGUGCACCGAGAAGAUUAACAUCCCUAUAGGGCCCUGCGGUGGCAUGUGCCUCUCCGUCAAAAGGAGAUGUGAACCUGUUUUAAAAGAAUUUGGAUUUGCCUGGCCAGACAGCCUGAACUGCAGCAAAUUCCCACCCCAGAAUGAUCACAACCACAUGUGCAUGGAGGGCCCCGGAGACGAAGAGGUUCCCCUUCAUAGCAAGACGUCCUUGCAGCCUGGAGAAGAAUGCCACAGCAUGGGAUCUAAUUCAGACCAGUAUAUCUGGGUCAAAAGAAGCUUGAACUGUGUCCUGAAGUGUGGCUACGAUGCUGGGCUCUACAGCAGGUCAGCUAAGGAAUUCACAGAUAUCUGGAUGGCCGUGUGGGCUAGUCUUUGCUUCAUAUCAACAGCAUUCACAGUCCUGACCUUCCUGAUUGAUUCAUCCAGAUUUUCCUACCCGGAGCGCCCAAUCAUAUUUUUGAGCAUGUGCUACAAUAUUUAUAGCAUUGCUUAUAUUGUGAGGCUAACUGUGGGCCGGGAAAGGAUAUCCUGUGAUUUUGAAGAGGCAGCAGAACCUGUUCUUAUCCAAGAAGGUCUUAAGAACACAGGAUGUGCUAUAAUUUUCUUGCUGAUGUAUUUUUUUGGGAUGGCUAGCUCCAUCUGGUGGGUUAUUCUCACAUUGACAUGGUUUCUGGCGGCAGGACUCAAGUGGGGCCACGAAGCUAUAGAAAUGCACAGCUCCUAUUUCCAUAUUGCAGCCUGGGCCAUCCCUGCAGUGAAGACCAUAGUCAUUUUGAUUAUGAGACUAGUAGAUGCAGAUGAGCUCACUGGUCUGUGCUACGUUGGCAACCAGAACCUAGAUGCGCUCACGGGCUUUGUUGUUGCACCACUUUUUACCUACCUGGUUAUUGGGACUUUAUUCAUUGCAGCCGGAUUAGUGGCCUUAUUUAAAAUCCGAUCUAACCUUCAGAAAGACGGAACUAAAACUGACAAACUGGAAAGACUGAUGGUCAAAAUCGGUGUCUUUUCAGUGUUGUACACCGUCCCUGCAACGUGUGUCAUUGCGUGUUAUUUUUAUGAAAUCUCCAACUGGGCUGUUUUCCGCUAUUCAGCAGAUGAUUCCAACAUGGCCGUGGAGAUGCUCAAAAUCUUCAUGUCCCUCCUGGUGGGUAUUACAUCAGGUAUGUGGAUUUGGUCAGCCAAAACUCUGCACACGUGGCAGAAGUGCUCAAACAGACUGGUGAACUCAGGGAAAGUGAAACGGGAUAAGAGAGCAGAUGGUUGGGUGAAACCUGGGAAAGGGAACGAGACUGUGGUAUGAGAGAACAACGACACCCCAGUGCUCUCCGACUGUUGUCACAUGACGGACUGAUGGUGUGUAAGCACUGCAGUGGAAGUGCUGCUGAGUGUAGAGUAGGGAGACGGAUACGAAACCUAUCUCUGGGGUGGGAGGAGAGAAAAAAAGCCUUAAAGAAUAAACAACAAAAAAUCAUGCUGCAAAUACAAUAGCCAUAAACCAUGCUGCCCAAAAUAGGAAAGCCCAGGGAGGCUUUAAAAGCUGUGAAAAAACCCAAAACACAUUAUUAUUUUUUUUUUCUGAAGCAGGUUGCAGUAUACUUAAGUCUUUAGAAGCUGCGGGACUGUAGUUGUUCUAGUGAUGUGGGAUGGUGUUUUCUUUGAAUCGUCUUACAGCUGAUAGUGGAAAGGCAGGUUGCAGCCAAAUCCUGGGCUGAUUUAGGGUCUACUUAGCAGAAGAUGGGGUUUCCAGAAGCUCAGUUAACUGUCCUCCUUCCUUCUGAGUUGAACAUCAUGAAGGAAGUUCCCACUGAAGACUCUGUCUUUCCACCCUGGGAAAUCCUGUUGCUCCCAUUAGUGUUGCAGGCUGCACAAAUCAGCUAAGGAUUUAAGUUAAGGAUCAGGCCCUUUAACAAAUGCCAAGUGGAUUUUCCAGGUCUGAGAUUUACCCAUAAGGAGUAGCAUUUAGUGAGGUAUUAGUGAGGAUGAUUCUUUAACUCAUCUGAUGAUCUAAUAAUAAUUUUGACACAUAUUCUUUUUACCACCUUCACCUGGCCUGAAUUCAGUUUUGGCCCUGUUCUGAGCAGGAGUUCAGACCUCCCAAGAUCCAUUCCAACCUGAAUUACUUUAUGAUUCUGUCAAUAUUUCUUUUUUUUUUUCAUCUUUACUCAAGGCCAUUAUCAGAAGGAGAGAAAUAAGUGAGAGCUUGGAAACUGUGUAUGCUGUUCUGCAUCGAUUUUUCUAUUAUCCGUCUGCCUCUGUUCCUGUCCUUUCAGGUGCUCCUGCUAUUUCCAGCCAACUACUUUAUUCCCCUUGUGUUUAAUAGCUUUAAAUAAGGUCUUAUGUUAUAGUAUUCCUUCCUAGAGCAGAGAGAAAAGUGAGUGGAGGGUCUCUUCAGAACAAUGUCAGUCUUCUCCAAGUAAACUUAGCUGUGUCUCUCUGGAGAUCCACUGCACAAAGCAAUUAAGUCUUAAUAUAUUAUUUCAUUCGGUGCGAUGGUAUCUCUGCAGACGCCAGACGUUCAGUUCCUUGGCAGCCUCAUGUUCACAGAGAUCAGUUGUGUAAUUAUGUGUGUCAGCUGCAAUUAAAAGAGCAUUCUCAGCCCGUGACAUAGCAGCACUGCUGACUGCCUCGGAGCGGUCCUCGGAUCGCUCGCUGAUGGCUCCAGCGAGUUUCGUUAGCGUACAGAUCCACGCGGAAUGAGAGCAGGCGUUCAGCCAUCGGGAGCAAGAAACAUUUUCGGUUUUUGUAAAGGGAGCCAAAGAGAAGAGCUCCAACUUCUUGAGGGAUAACACUUCUUACCCAAUUUAAAAUUCUCUUAUCCUUUUGGUUGAAGAGGCAUUGACCUGUUGUGCUCAUGGGGAGCUUGAACCUUAUGCGUGGGGCUUGUUUGGCUAGUAAGGAGCGUGAUGCAAACUUAAAUAGUCCACAAGCACUUAGGAGAACACUGUUUCAAUGCUCUAUCCCUUUGAAGAACCUUUGGUUUUUUUAUCUGCAUUUUCAAUUUGUUUGUUUGUGUGGACCCUGGUCAGCUGCUGAGUGUCCCGCGGUGCCUCAACUCGCAUGACCUUCGGGGCAGCUGAGGCUAGGCGCUGCGUUAUUACAGUCCUCACUUUACGUACAGGUGCCCCAUGUGCUUCCCAAAAUUCAUUCCAGCUCUGGUUAUGAGCACUAAUCUGUCCCAGAAGCAUGUAUUGUUUCAGUGUGGAUGUUGAAACAUGUGCUAUAGCAUAUUUGGGGGGAAAAAAAAAGAAAAAAAAGAAACCAAACAAACCCUAAUUGCAGUCUUUGUGGUUGGGCUCUCUCUCUAGCAGAACAAGUGACAACUUGACACAUUCGGCUCCAAACGCACAAGCAUUGUUUUGGCCAGCUCCACGUACCAGCUGAGCCUUUUGAUCCUAUCUAUAAAGUCUCUCACUAUUUGGUGAUGUGUUUGGAUCUGGCUGUUCCUCUGUGGACAAGAAGUUCUGCACAUGCAAGAGCUUGAGAUGGCUGAGCUUCUCCGUGAUGUGGGCUUUCUCCUGACACAGCAAGGGCUAUAAUAUCAGCAGCUAUAUUUUGACUUGGGGGGUGAAGGCAUCAUAUGAGCUUUGUCUUCUAACCUCAUAUUGGCCUGUGCCAGGGUCAUUCAUUCAGGUGUCCCUCAGUCUCAAAUGGUUUGGACUUUCUCUUGGCUAAUAUGAUUCAGAUCCCUGCAUCUCGUAUUAUGACCCUCUGCACUCCAGGCAGACUCUCCAGGACUCCCUGGCAAUUUAUGACAUUGGAAAUGAGUCAGCCAAAGAUACCACCACGUUGCCUUACUAGGGAGCUGGGGAAUAUACCACUAACAAGUGUGAGGCACUCAACUACUGUGGCUAGGAAGUGGGAUGGGGAGAAACACCAGCUGUUCCUGGAGGAACAUCUGUUCCAGGUUUUCCAGAGGCACCAUGCCAACCUGAAGCAAGACUAGCUGGCUGGCUUCUGCUGCAGGGACAAGAUCGUUCCACGAAUUUAUUCAGCCCUGUGCAUUUAGCUUUUUCUGCUUUGGGGACUUGCAAGUGGGAAGUCACGGCAGAUAGUCAAAAAGUCAGCAGUUAGGAAGAGGGGGUAUCUGCAACUCGUACGUUCUCUCCUUUCAAUGCUGUUACAAAUUUCAAGCCAAAAAAAUGUGUGACUAAUCCUGUCUCGGAAGUGCAGUUGCUGUGGUUAUAGAAUGAGAAAUGUUGCAGCGGUCACCUUCCUUGGAGGAUCCCUGCACCCUCCCUCGAGCUAUUUCUACUGUGCUCCCCCCACCCCAGCACGUUCACCUGGCCACGGGUUUCCGAUGUGCCUGAUGGAGAGGUACAAGCUUAGCUCGUACGUUAAACAGACAAGUUAGCUUCUUUUCUGAACUUCGGAGGCAAUAGACACUGAUUAUUUGCGGGUGUGAAGAAAACAGCUACUUUGAUGUAUGUACUGUAAAUUUCUAAUUUAUCACUGUAAAGAAAACCCAAAACUUUGCUAUUUAAUUUUUAUAUCGAAAUAAAAUUUUACCCUCUGUGGAGAACUAAGGGGUUCCCGCCAGCUCUCA